UCCGGAAGUUGCAAAUUUCGUAAAAGGUUGUGAAGAAAACUAAGGAAGAUGCAUCCGGAUUUGUCCCCUCACCUUCACACAGAAGAAUGUAACUUCAUCAUUAGGGCAUUCAGAAGUUGUCAGGACCAGCAUGGUGUCCUGAAAUAUGUUGGUUACUGUGAUCCUUUGUUUUCAGAAGUACAGAAAUGUUUGAAGAAGGAGAGAAUAAAUCGUAGAAUAGAAAGCAUGGAAAAUGACAAAAUGAAGAUGAGAGAAUACAGAGCUAGAAUGGCUAAGGGAGAAGCAUAGUCACCAGGGGAUGUUGAAAGUCUGUGAUUACAUGUGAUAAGUGGGUAGAUGUAUGCUUGUGUUACAAAAGACUGAGAGGAAAAUGAAAGUGUGUUAUCUACUCAUGACAGUAUUACAUAGACUGAAAAGCUCAGAAUAACAGAGGAAAGAAUUCCAUUAUUGGUUAUGCAGUGAGUACAGCAUGUGAUAUGUGUGUAAUGAGUAAGUUCAGAGUCAAAAGAUUAUAAAUGUGUUCAUGGAUUAUCUGUAAUUGGAAGGAAAGAGUAUUAAUGGCUCUAUACUUUUAUUUGUUGUGGACAAGUUUGUCAAUUUUAGGAGCAAGGAAUAAGGUCAAUGAUCAUGGCUAUGAGUGUGUGUGGGAGGAACUUAUUGAACUUUUUUUAAAAAUAUACUUAUUGAUUUUUGACGUUUUUAGAUAUCCACUGUGUGACUGUUAAAUCUCAUAAUUUAUUAAAUAUGCAUAGAAUCAUAGGCGCUUGGUUACAGGGGUGUAUUUUGUGUAUUAUGUGUUUUUCUAUGUGUGCCUGAAUACCCUCAUUAAAAUAAAAAUAAAAAUUCGCCGAAAUUAGCACGUUU